CAGGUAUUUGGUCAUAAACAAAAGUUAAAAUGUUGACCCUGAUGAUGACACUAGAUGAAAAGUCAGGGGGUCACCAAAGAAGGGGGCACUGAUUUCUGAACCUAGUAUCAUAUCACUCCAUCAAGUAGUUGUUCAGGUAUUUCAUUCAAAACCACAGAUGUGAACCUUGUGGGUAGGCAAUCAGCAAAUCCAUUCGAAUUCAUCCAUUCUGUAUUUAAUAAGAGAUUUCUGAACCUGCGUCAUGGAUCAAUGGACAGACCAAAGCCACACCUCUAGUAUGGUUAAAUAAAAACUCCCUACUGAAUAACAAAAUGUGUGAAAGAACAAGUGAACAAGUUCAUAGAAGAAUUUGAAAACAGCAGUACAUUGUUUAUGGGCAUUUUAUUAUUUAUUUUAGGUGCAUUGAAAGCACAUCUGGUUGCUAUAAUUACUGUUCAUACUGACCCUUAAACCAGUUUCAUUUUACAUAUAAGCAUGUAUUACCUGAAAAGUGUGAACAUAUUGUUCUAGUUCUCAUGGGGCUGAAAGAAAAACAUCCAAUGAAAGCUGCUGGAUUCGGCUCCACGGAUGAGAUUUACUAAGUCAAAGUUGUGCUAGUCCGGGGUUUGUGUCAUAUCACAGUGAGGACACACUGUCCAGUAGUUAUUAUGACCUUUUCAUUUUUAAGACCGUGAUCAUUCCGGUACCCUUCACCCACCUUGCUGCUCCUUCCUGUGCCUCACAGCUCCACUGUGCAGUAGGUGGAGUUUGUCAUUUUAAAGUCAGUGUAAAGUGAGACUUGAGGGGAGGGAGGAACAGCGCAGAACAGCACUUCCUAAAACAUUCCGACGCUUUUGGAUCGACAUUUGUUUUGUUGUUAGAAGCUCGGUGUGGCUGUGACUGGCUGCGUAGGACUAAACCCAGCACUACAGGGGCUCAUGUCAGUCUCCUGCCAACUCCGCUGCUUUCAUUUUCAACGCUGAGGAGCGGACACAGGUCAAGUUGUAACUUUCCUGGAUGGAAACGGACAGUUUGCUGACCGACGGUGUGACCAGUGACCCAAGGAAUUAUGGCUCCUGGUCGUGCGCGGAGCGCGAAGGUUCCCCGGGCAGCCGCCGGAUGUCGUACUCUGUGGCCGGGGGGUCGUGUCGUCUCGAGAGGGACACCGAUAAUGGGGACCUCUAUGUCCAACAAGCUGCUGUAUUCAUUGAGGACGCCAUACAGUACCGCUCCAUCAACCACCGGGUGGACGCCAGCUCUCUCCGCCUGUAUCGAUGGUACUACUCCAGACUAUGCCAGUGGAGCUUGGGUCUCACCAUCGCAGUGGUGUUGUUGCUGGCCUUUAUAGAGCGUCCAUCCUCUCUGUCUGCCUCCUCGGAUCCCCGACAUCGCUCUGCACCCUGGGAGCCUCCCUGCGGCUAUACUGAGAGCAUCGAGAUGGUCUGCCUCAUUAUCUUCUCUCUUGACCUUGCUGUCAAGAGCUACUUGAUUGGUUGGGAGGAAUUCAGGAAGAGCAAAUGGCUGAUUGGCUACUCUGUCAUCAUUUCAGUCUCCAUUAUCGACUGGGUCUUGUCUGUCAGCAUGGUGUGUGAUGAGAAACUGAGAGUACGGCGGCUCCUCCGGCCAUUCUUUCUCCUGCAGAACUCCUCCCUAAUGAAAAAGACACUAAAGUGCAUCAAGAGGACUCUGCCAGAGAUUGCCAGUGUCAUCCUGCUGCUAGCGCUUCACCUCUGCCUCUUCACCAUGAUCGGCAUGCUGCUGUUUGCUAAAACCGAGGAUCCACAGAAGAACAGCGAGUGGGAGUUACAUUUCAGAAACCUGCCUAAUUCCCUCACCUCUCUGCUGGUGCUGCUCACCACAGCCAACAACCCAGAUGUGAUGAUCCCUGCCUACUCCUUGCACAGAGGCUAUUCCAUCUUCUUCGUCGCCUUCAGUGUAAUUGGAACGUACUGCCUGAUGAACUUACUGACAGCCAUCAUCUAUAACCAGUUCAGGGGAUAUUUACUGAUGUCAGUUCAAGCGUCCAUCAUCAGGAGGCGACUGGGGAUCCGAGCUGCUUUCCAAGUCCUCAGCUGCCAGGAAGCUGUAGCGGCUGCUGUGGAGCGUGUCCGUGCUGAUGUGGUGCUGGAGGUGCUGUCCACAGUCAAGAUGAAGAGCUACUAUAGAGCAGCCAUAACUAAGGAGGUGCAGCAGUAUGUCGAUGUUGGCUACAUGAACAGAGAGCAGUUCAGGAAUAUAUUUGAUGAACUGGAUAAAGAGCGCAUCAAGGAGCACCCUCCUUUGCCUCAGUACAACUCUCCAGUGCUACAGAGACUCCAGGAGAUCUUCAGUCACUAUUAUCUCACUAUACUUGGCAACGCAGUGGCACUAGCCAAUGUCAUGUGUAUAUGUACCAUCCUGGUGUUGAACUCUGAAAAGUCCAUAGCGGAGAGAGACAACUUCAUCUUGGAGAUCAUCAACCUGUGCUUCAUCUUGUACUACCUGCUGGAAAUGUGUGUGAAGAUCUUUGCCUUCGGCUGGAGAGGGUAUCUUUCCUACAGAAACAACAUCUUUGAUGGCUUUCUCACCACUGUGCUUUUGGUCCUACAGAUCACUAUUUAUGCCACCUACAGGCUUUCACCUUCUGAAUGGGACCCGUCCUCUCAUGGUAUAAUGUCUAUGUGGGAGAUGGUUCGUUUGGUCAACAUGCUGAUCGUCUUCCGCUUCCUGCGCAUCAUCCCAGAUAUCAAGCUCAUGGCUUUGGUGGCAAGCACACUGCUGGACUUGUUGAAAAACCUUCGAGCCUUUGCAGGGAUAUUGGUGGUGGUGUACUAUGUGUUUGCUGUGUUUGGAAUCUGGCUGUUUGAAGGAGCCAUUAAACCUCCUCCAGAGAUGAGUGUGCUCUCCAAUACCUCCAUGGGGAACAUCACCUCGAACGUCACCGCGGAGUGUGGCACGUAUGAGCAGCUGGGCUACUGGCCAAACAAUUUUGAUGACUUCGCUGCAUCUAUCAUUUUGCUGUAUGAUGUCAUGAUAGUCAACAACUGGCAGGCCUUCAUGGAAGCAUACAGCAGAUACACCACCGAGUGGGCCAAAGUCUACUUUGUGUGUUGGUGGCUCACCUCCUCCGUCAUGUGGGUCAACGUAUUUGUGGCGCUCAUCUUAGAGAACUUCAUCUACAAGUGGGACCGCAGUCACAGCUGUUCUGUCACAGAUGUGGAGAAGAUCAGAUAUGAAACUUCUUUUCAAUUCAUGUUCAAGGGGCAGAUCCAGGAGCCAACAGAAGAGGAAUUACUUUGUCAGUUACACCAACACCCCCACUUACAUCUACACUGGUGACACAUGUGCACACACACAUGCACACAUAGCACCAGCAAUAACAAGUCAAGAGACUGCUAGUAAAGGAAUGCACUGUGUGGUAGAAGCACUGAGAGGUCUAUAUUAUAGCAUUCAACUAGCUUAUUUACAUUUGUAUUGCUGUGAUAUAUAACUGCUGUUACUACUGAAACCAGUAGGAAGUGCAUGUUUUUAUUAUUUGUCAUGUUCAUUAUUGAACAUGCGUGGGUGGAGCUAAACACCAAAAGUCAUGUACAACUCCAUACUGAAAUACUAUAAAGUAUAUGUUAGUGUUUUUACAAUAAGUGUAAAUCAGUCCCGUUGUGACUUCAGAAGGCUCCUGUCAGAUUUAGAAACCGCACAUAGAUGAAGCUAAUCCAUACUUUCAGAUGUUAACUACUUUUAUUUUUUGUUUGCCAAGCUGUGGUACCACUGUGCAAGACAAUACAUUUCACUAGCAUGAACAAAACCACAUUGUCAUUAGUAUUUUAUUCUGGUUAAACCAUUAAAGUCUUUAAUUCUUGAAACUGGGGAAUUUGCAUUGUUGUUCAGCCAUAAAAAUCCCAGGUAUACUGUCUCUUACCACUCUGGUAUAUGUUUUAGCAAAGACUGUGCGAGAGCUGCUGUUGUAAAAUGUGAAUAACCUAAAUGGUUCAUGUUUACAAAGACGUAGCAGAGUUUAUCUUUCACUAGACACUUUGUUCCAGUAUUAAAACUAUUAACAUCACAGUGGAAUCUCAAAGUUAAGGAGCUUCACCUGCUUUUUAAAAAUACAAAUCUUGCACCCAGGGCCUAAAGCCCCUUUCACACAUUCUGCAACAUUAGCAUGGUUUCCCAUGUGUAACAUGUUUAAAUUAGCUCUUUGCUCCAGUGAUGAACCAUCCUGGAUGGAUCAGGGUCUCUGCUACACACUGAGUUAGAAGGUAAUGACACCACAGAAAAGUAGUGCAUAGGAGUGCAUAUACAGUACAUGAGGGCAGCGGUGGCCCUUUUUUCUUUUGUUAAACUGCUGUAGUUAACUGUCUAGUACAACAGAGGAGGUGCACCCACAAGCAGAUUUUUCACAAUAAUGUGACCACAGCUAGAGUUGUUUUGGCGGCCUGUUUAAUUUUAGUUUUAGUCUAGUCUUUGUGUGAAGCUGUCAUUUUAGUUUUUAUUA